CCACGCGCGGCUCUGAUUGACAGUCGGGAGUGCUUGACGUCACCACGGUGCUCCCAAAGAAAACCUGGAGCUGCAAAAACAGACCGAAUCACAGAUCAGAGUGCCCUGCUACAAACUGCAAGCUUAUCGUUGGAUCUAUUUAAAUCCGAAUGGGGAAAAGAUUAAUGAUAUUUUGAUUUAACGUCAAGUGAAAACUAAGGGUAUUUACAAUGGACCUUAAUUUAUCAAAGAAUUUAUCAUCCUGCAUUGAUCCGGGCGGAAUGAAUUUGGACAGAGUACCUGAAGUGGUCAGACCCCCGCCGGCCCGGGACAUGGCCUCAUCGUUUCACCUGCAGAGACCUUCAGACUCAACCCGAGAAGCACUCGAACAAUCGAGCAGUGAAUCCUCGGAUGCUGAAAUCGCAGGAGAGAAGGACAGGAGCGUGGAACACAGAAGUGAUGACGGGAACGUGGAAGACCCGAGUAAGAAAAAGAAGCAGAGGAGACAACGCACUCACUUCACCAGCCAGCAGCUGCAGGAGCUCGAGGCAACCUUCCAGAGAAAUCGUUAUCCGGACAUGAGUACGAGAGAAGAGAUCGCGGUGUGGACCAACCUUACGGAGGCACGGGUUCGGGUUUGGUUCAAGAACCGCAGAGCCAAAUGGAGAAAGCGAGAACGCAACCAGCAAAUGGACCUGUGUAAAAACAGCUAUCUACCCCAGUUCAGCGGCCUCAUGCAGCCCUACGAAGACAUGUACCCCGCUUACACGUACAACAACUGGGCCAACAAGGGUCUGACGCCCUCGCCACUCACCACUAAAAACUUUCCAUUCUUUAACUCCAUGAGCCCGUUAACCUCGCAGUCAAUGUUUUCGGCCCCGACCUCCAUACCCUCGAUGACUAUGCCAUCCAGCAUGGCUCACACUGCAGUACCUGGUAUGCCGGCCUCCGGUUUGAACAACAUCAGUAACUUAAACAACAUCGGCGGAGGCACGAUUAAUUCGGCCAUGUCGUCUUCAGCUUGCCCCUACGGGCCACCGGGCUCCCCAUACAGUGUUUACAGGGACACUUGCAACUCCGGCUUAGCCACCCUUAGACUGAAAUCGAAGCAGCACCCCACGUUUGGAUAUAGCGGCUUGCAAAGCCCUGGUUCUACUCUCAACGCCUGCCAGUACAACAGUUGACAGACUGAGCCCUGUGUAGCAUUCGAUAAAUACGGACCUAAACGUUGGGGAAAAGACAGCUAAACUGGAUUGGUUGCAAUCUUUAUUUUUCUUUGGAUUAUGCGGGUGGUAUGUGUUCACUGAUGAAUUUACACAGCGGUUUUGAAAAAGUCUGUUAUAUGGACAUCCCAGUGGGCAGAAGACCUUGAAAUUUACGUUCUUACACCCCAGGAGCUGAAAAAAAUGCCUCGGUAUUUUUUAAUCCCGGAAUUUUAAGGAAUAAUUAAUUCUACAGUAUAACGCUCUAAAAAAAAUAGAAGGUGAGGGACAACUAAACAAUAAAAAAUAAGAAGAUCACGUGGCAAAGACACUUUAAACUGUUGAAGAAAGUCAUUACUUGUGAUUUGUAUAUAAACGUUUAUCAUGAUGCCUUUAGCAAUCGUAUGUUGGCUGUUUUAAACCGCUGGAAAUGCAUGAUCCAUUCACAGGAAAGACAAUGUCCAUAGAUUUUUACCAAAUCAUCUUGAAUUUUAUAUUUUGUCUGCAAUAUUUUCUCUAGUUCAAAGAGAAAGGAACUACAAAUAAAAUAAGCAUGCUUUA